UCCCAACACACAAAGCAGUGAGUGAGAGUGAACGCAAAAAGCAUUGCAGAGAGAGAAAAGCCAAUUUUCCAGAGGGAGAAAACAAUACAGCUGAAACGACGACGGGGUUUGAUAGAUGACUGUUAUUGAAGUCGAUGGUGCUGCCGGCGGAGGUGGCGGAAAUGAAGGGGAGGUUGUGGUGGUCGGGGUGAAGUUGGACUCAGCGAGCAGGGAGCUGCUCACGUGGUCCCUGGUCAAGGUCGCACAGCCUGGUGACCGUGUCACUGCUGUUCACGUUCUCGAUUCCAUCGCCGAGGGUCCAUCGUCGCUGCUCUCUCUGGUGAAGACAUUCGAUUCAGUGUUGUCUGUCUAUGAAGGUUUCUGCAGCUUAAAACAGGUAGAGUUGAAGCUAAAAGUCUGUAGAGGAUCAAAAGUAAAGAAAAUGCUAGUAAGAGAAGCCAAAGCGUCUGGUGCGGCUAAAGUAGUUGUCGGAAUUUCUAAGAUUCCUCAUACGAUCCGGUCAUCAAUCUCUGUUGCAAAGUAUUGCGCCAGAAAAUUGUCUUCAAAUGUCUCUGUUUUCGCUUUUGAUAGCAGCAAAGUUGUUUUCCAAAGAGAAGCAGUGAAAUUGAGUCAGGAGAACUGGAUUUGCUCUCCAAAAUCUGAUCCAGAUAGCAGAAGCAAAUCUCUGGAAAAGAACUGCAAAAGUUCUGCGAUGGCACCGGUGUUGCAAAAGAAUUAUGGAAUUCAAUUGUGUGAGAAGUCACAAAGUGAUGGUGGUCAGGAUAAUUCAUUGGCUAUAGUACCAUUUCAAACAGGUGAGUUGGUUUCAAGUUCAUAUUCACCUGAGUCGAAGCAAGGUUGGCAGUUGCUUCAACAUAUAUUUUUACCAAAGCCGCGACUGGCAAAGAAAUCUCCCACAAAGAAGACGUCUGUGUUUCAGUGGGUACUAGGACUGCCAAGUCGAUACCCUUCUUCCUAUGUUCACCCGGAUCAAAAACAGAAUAAUUCUGAUGCGGUGGAAGAUCAUACUUCUAGUUUGGAUGGGGAGAAUGGUGCAAUUGUGCCAGUUGGUUCUGAGGUUCUACGGUCUCCUGUAUCCCCUUCCCAUGACUUAAGUGAAAUUCCUAAAGAAUUGCUAGGUCUACAUGAGAAAUACUCAUCCACAUGUAGAUUGUUCAGCUACAAGGAGCUUUCAAUGGCAACCUCCGACUUCAAGCCUGAGAACUUGGUUGGUAAAGGCGGUAGUGGUUAUGUCUACAGAGGAUAUCUCCAAGAUGGCAAGGAACUGGCAGUAAAAAUCUUGAAGCCAUCUGAGGAUGUAUUGAAGGAGUUUGUCUCUGAAAUUGAGAUCAUCACACAAUUACACCACAAGAAUAUAAUAUCCCUGUUUGGAUUUUGUUUUGAGAACAACAAUCUAGCCCUGGUCUAUGAUUUUCUAUCAAGAGGAAGCCUAGAGGAGAAUCUUCAUGGUAAGUACAAAGCAUUUUGCUGGAGAGAGAGAUAUAAAGUGGCAGUGGGUGUUGCUGAGGCACUGGAAUAUUUACAUAAUGGCUCUGCCCAACCUGUGAUCCACAGAGAUGUGAAAUCAUCUAACGUUCUUUUAUCUGAAGAUUUCGAGCCUCAGCUUUCAGAUUUUGGGCUUGCUAGUUGGGCCUCAACUUCGUCAUCCCUCAUAACUUGCACAGAUGUUGCAGGAACUUUUGGUUACCUGGCACCAGAGUAUUUCAUGCAUGGCAAAGUGAGUGACAAAAUGGAUGUUUAUGCGUUCGGUGUUGUACUUCUGGAGCUUCUUUCUGGUAGAAAGCCAAUAUGUGAUGAGCAGCCUAAGGGGCAGGGGAGCCUUGUUAUGUGGGCAAGACCUAUUCUAAAGGACAGUAAAAUUUCCCGACUGCUAGAUCCACGUUUAAGCAACAGCUAUGAUUACGGCCAGAUCGAGAGAAUGGUGUUAGCUGCUUCCCUUUGCAUCAGGCGUUCACCCAAAUCCCGCCCUCAAAUUACCGUUGUUUUGAAACUCCUCCAAGGUGAUGAGCAGGUGACAAAUUGGGCCAGGCAACAAGUAAGUGCAGCUGAAGUUGAUGAGAUGGAUGAAGACGCAGUUCCCACUAACAUCCAAUCCCAUAUAAAUCUUGCACUGCUAGAGUUAGAGGAUGAUUCAUUCUCUAUUAGCAGCAACGAGCAAAGUGUUUCUUUAGAGGAUUACCUGCAAGGGCGAUGGUGCCGGACGUCGAGUUUUACGUGACCAUUUCCCCCCGUAAAGUACAUUUGUUGCUGCUUUUUAUAUGUGACAUUUUCCCCUUCUUCUGUACAUAUCUUUCCAUCGGUUUGUCAAUCAUUUUUCGGUUUAAUCUCUUCAGAUUCGGUCCUGGAAGAGAGGCUGUUCAAAAGGUUUGCCCCUUCCUGGACUUGGAAACUGAGUCACAGUCCUCUUCUGUGGACCAGUCUUGGUUCUGAAUCUUCUCUGAGUUUCCGUAUAAACAAGUUGCGCAGUGGAUAUGUAGCAGUGACACAACAAGUGUAUUCAUCAAGUCUUUAAAGAAUCAAUUUUUAUA